GUUUUGUAAUUCUCCGGGAGGGCCUGAGCCCAAUCCCAUUUAUUCCGCCUCCCUAUUUCAUGCUUUUGCUCACUUCUUACGGCCGACGUGUGCUCUCCCUCCUCGCCCUCCUCCUCUGGCCACGAUGCGCCACGAUCCUCCGCCAGGAGACGGGGUCCCAGACAGCGAGGACCCGGCGCCGCACAACGCCUUCUGCUGGGAGGAGGCCUGCGCCCACGAGCACGGCGGCAAGCACAGGAAGGACAGCGACGGCGACGGUGUCCCCGACAGCGAGGACCCGGCGCCCUACGAGAAGACGUGCUGGAAGAAGAGCUGCGUGGACAGCGACGGGGACGGAGUGCCCGACAGCGAGGAUGCGGCCCCGUACGACCCCACCUGCUGGGCCACGUCGUGCAUCACGCAAGGGGAUAUCGACGGAGACGGCGUCCUGGACAGCAAGGACACGUCGCCGUACGAUGCCAAGCAGGGGGGCGAGGUGCCGAUGACGGGCCGCUUCAAGUCUGGAUACAAGGACUCCGACGGGGACCAUGUGCCAGAUUCUGAAGAUCCAGCCCCUUGCGACCCAUCUUGUCCACCAAGGCCGUGCGAUUCCCUUCCUUGCCCUGGGGACUGCGUCCAGGAGGGCGACGCCGAUGGAGACGGUGUCCCCGACGACGAGGACGCGGCCCCGUGCAACAGCGCAUGCUCGUCAGAGAGUUGCUACGACGGCGACAAGGACACCGAUGGUGAUGGAAUUCCAGAUCGCCAGGAUCCCGCACCGCUCAACCCGCUCUGCUGGGAGGAGGCCUGCGUCGACAGCGACGGCGACGGGGUGGCGGACAUCGCGGACGCCGCCCCCUACAACCCGAUGUGCCACGAGCAGGGCUGCGCCGCUGACGGGGACACCGACGGGGACGGGACGCCCGACAGCGAGGACGAGUACCCAUACGACUUCAACUGUGCGCACGGCUUCUGUCCGGAGGGUGUUCAUGGUCAAGGCAACCAAGGGGUGCAGCGGCAUUCUGACCACCAGCCGCUGCAGGUUGACAACAGGACCUUCCAGGCCACGUUUAAGGACACCGACGGCGACGGGAUACCCGACGAUGUGGACCCGGCCCCGUACGACCCGACCUGCCCAGAGUUGCCGUGCCCUUCCUUCGACUGCCCAGGGGAUUGUGCCGACGGGGAGGACUCCGACGGCGACGGAGUUCCGGACAGCGAGGAUCCAGCUCCGCACGACUACACCUGCCACGACACCUCGUGCGUCGACAGCGAUGGUGACGGCAGGCCCAACGCCGAGGAUGCUGCGCCCUACGACCCGAGAUGCUGGGAGGAGUCCUGCAUCAAGGAUGGUGAUGCGGAUGCCGAUGGGGUGCCUGACAGUGAGGAUCCAGCUCCGCACAAUGCGCUGUGCUGGGAGGAGGGCUGCUCUGGCGACGCGGAGGAGGCCGCGAAGGACAGCGACGGGGACGGAGUCUCCGACCUGCUGGACGAGGCGCCUUUUGACCCGCACUGCUCGGAGAAGCUCUGCGUCGACAGCGACGGAGAUGGGGUUGCCGACACGGAGGACGCGAACCCCUACGACCCCAGCUGCUGGGACGCCGCCUCGAACUGCACCCAGGAGGGCGACAUGGACGGCGACGGAGUGCCUGACAUCGAGGACAUGGCUCCCUACAUCCACGGCGCCGGGGCGCAUGCGGCGCGCCAGCCAUGGGAGAUCAUCCAUCACAAGUACGGACGAGCAUCCUUCCCCGCGAACUCCGGCGAUGCCAUUGUUGGUGACAAGAAGAUCGACUGGGACAGCAUGACACGUGCCAACGGACCCCACUACGUCGGCGACUGGCGCGAGGAGUGGCCCGCGGCCGAGGAGACCGAGGCGGAUUCCAUUGCUCGCAUCUGCAAGGACCACCCCAAGAAUGCCUGGUGCAAGAAGUGGUCUCGGACAUACAGAAGGUCGUAGUUGGCGUCUGGGCCGUGGGAUUGUUGGCUGGGCGUGCUUGGUAGCGCAGUGCGGGAUCUCUUUAGUAGUGCCCACCGCGCCUGCUUAGCUGGCAGGGACCCAGGCGCGCCGCGCCGCAGUGUGCAGCGUGCGAUGCGCUGCGAGGUGCAUCCUCCGGAUCGGCCGGAAAAGUCGGCCUGCAUUGCUGUUAAUUUUUAUCGCGGGACGGAACGAUGAAGACGA